AUGAGCCCCGAAGAAGUAAAGGCCCAGGGGGGAUUUCUCUCCGCGGCCAAAAAUAUGUCUUAUCCCAGUUUGUAUGACUAUACCGUCAAUACUGAAUGCGAUCUUCUGGCGGACUGCCAAAGGGACUACUUUUAUCUGCGGACAACUACGGACCCCGACGUCGAAUCAUCUUUCCUAGGGAAUCAGCCUGGAUACAUUUACCAUAUUCGAGCAACACCAAACUUCAUCGAAUUGCGAUCGACCCUUCCAACCCUCAAUACGGGGCCCCGAUCAAAAGAAGUUGCGGUAUUUGGAGAUAUUCGCUGGGAUCAGGUGACCAGCUGGGACUUUUUGCCGAAUGGGGAGAACACGGCUACACAGGACCAGAAGCACACGAUGAACAACGAUUACAACCCCGAUAUGUCUUCAUUCUCUGCUUCGACGCAGCAAUUCCAGCUAGCUGGAUUUCCAGCGAAUCAUGAUGGCUGGAAAGAAGCUCCAUGGAGCGACUACCAGGCUUCAUUCUCAUCGGCAAAAGCAGCGGAAGAAGAAGCAAUCAAAUUCAUGAAGAAAAGCUCAUCCACCAUGCAUCAGAACUCGCUUUUUGGUAUCUCCGUUUCGGCCAUUCUGAGGCGGAUCACGCUCAUAUCUGAAGCUGUCAACAACACCACGGAUUGGAUUCGCCGGAAUGAUGAUGCGGCAGCUUGCGGAUUUGCGGCGCGACAAGCGCAGCGCAAUGCUAACAUGAGUUCAAGCUUAGUUAAGCAUUUGGCAAUGUUUCUGGAUUCUCACAGGUAUCCUGAAGUGCAGGCCUUGCGCGCAGCUCGGGCUUUGGAGUUCAGAACUAGAGGUGCAGCGUUUGUCUCCAUGCAAUGGGCUGAGAAAAAGUCUCUCAUGGAAUAUGAGAGGAGAAUUGAUCUGCGCAAAGAAAAUAUCAUGAAGGGUAUUGCCGGGGCCAAUGUCCAAGCAAUGAGCGCGAUGAUAGACGCCACCUUGGCUCAGGAGCUCGUGAACAAAACGACGAACGAGCUUCGAGUCAAACGCAGUAAGGUAGCACUUCUGACAAGUGUACCUACUAUAGUUGAUGAUUUAGCUUGUGCAGUGACUUUGGAAUCAUGCGACUUGGCUUUACAAAGUGAGCUGGAAGCACUGCGAUUGGAAAUCAUCAUCCUGAAGAUCCAUUUCACAUCCUCACAGGAAGCGACCGAUAGGAUGAAGCGCACUGCAGACGAAACCAUGUCAUUGGCUCUCAAUAAAGCCAGUGAGGAGGGAACAAUCGCUAUUGCGACAGAAAACAUCAAGGAAUCGAUAGAGACCGUCUCGAAGGAAGAUUCGGUCUUGUCAACACCCGAGGAGGUUUCCAAGACGGUUGAGAUGAUUGCAACUAUUGAAAAGCUGGAUGAUCGGGGCAUGGAUCUGGUAGAAGACAUUACGUAUGCCGUUGUUGACAUUGGCUUCUAUGUCUUGGGUCUCAUCCCAACUCCGUUCGCACCAAUCUUCCACGUUGCAGCGUGGGCUCGCCGCAUAUACCGAAUCUACAAAUACGCGUCUAGAAUGGCAAAGGCUUACAAGGUCGGCAAACUAGGAUACAUGUCUGUUGACUUGAUGCAAAAGAUUGCCGAGCUUGAGGCAAGAGCUGCAGACGCGCUCCAAAGAGCCGACCGACGACCGCCGCCUCUUGCGGCAGCAUACAUGGCAGCCCAGAAGUCAAACGCGACGUUCCUCAGCAUUCUGACUCAACUUGACGCGACAACGGCAGGAAAUGACUGGAAACAGGAGCUGGAGUCAGCGACCGGUCUCUGCAUCGUUGACAAUGGUAAGCCGACUGAGAGCUUUGACGUUGAAUUGACGACUGGGAAAGACAAACACUUUCGUUUAAAACAAGUUCAAGAGCUCCUUCAGACGGCCAAAGCAUUCAAGAGCGACGCAACUGCCGAACCGCUCACCGAUAAAGCUCUUGUAGCAUUUGAGAGGAUUACAUCUGGUGGAAAGGCUGUUCAAAAGACGCUCUUGAACAGUUUGGACGAGGAGCAGGCAGCGGGUCAUGUGGCAAGUCCUAGGGAGAACGAAGACGACUUUCACUAUUCAUAUGUAGUGCAGUAA